CGUUCCUCCUUCACAACACCUACCCUAACUCUACCUCCAUCUAACAAGCAAUCAUGUCUACCGCAGCCCGCCGCCGCUUGAUGCGCGACUUCAAGCGCAUGCAAACCGACCCUCCCGCUGGUGUCUCUGCUUCUCCGAUCGCCGACAAUGUCAUGACCUGGAAUGCCGUCAUCAUCGGCCCUGCUGACACUCCCUUCGAGGACGGGACCUUUCGCCUCGUCAUGCACUUCGAUGAAGCCUAUCCGAAUAAGCCACCGGGUGUCAAGUUCAUCAGCGUGAUGUUUCACCCCAAUGUAUACGGCACGGGGGAGUUGUGCCUGGACAUCCUGCAGAACCGGUGGUCGCCUACGUACGACGUUGCGGCGAUCUUGACGAGCAUCCAGAGUCUACUGAACGAUCCCAAUACGUCCAGCCCGGCCAACGUCGAAGCAUCGAACGCAUACAAGGAGAACCGCAAGGAGUACACAAAGCGUGUGCGCGAGACGGUUGAGAAGAGCUGGGAUGACUGAGACUACUGGCCAUGCAUGUGUGGAGGGGUCGACGAUGCGACAAGGCAUAGCAAGGGAGUUGUCGAGUCACAAAUUGCGGUUAUACACAUGGUCUUAGCGGUUUCGUGGCGUUUACUUCUGUUCUCUUUUUCAUAGCGAGGCGUUAGGUGUAGUCAGAUGUAGCGCACGACAGUCCUUCAUAUAGUAGUUAGUUGUUCUGUGGUUGUUGUUGUCCAUCUUGAACGACUGUCAAGUGAUGAUAACGAUAUGGGCU